GAUGACAGCCCAUCACCAUGAAUAUGCCAAUCUUUAUAGCUGCUGGCCUCCUGGUACAUUGUGUGUUCCUGAUCUCUAUUUUUGACAUUUACUUCACUUCUCCUUUGAUUCAUGGCAUGACUCCUCAUCAGACUCCGCUGCCAUCACCUGCAAAGCGCUUAGUCCUUUUUGUUGCAGAUGGCCUGCGUGCAGAUUCCCUCUACGAGCUGGAUAACGAAGGCACUUCUAUGGCUCCUUACCUAAGGAACGUCAUAACAUCCAAAGGCAGCUGGGGAGUAUCUCAUACUCAUGUCCCCACGGAAUCUAGACCCGGGCAUGUCGCCCUCAUAGCUGGAUUUUAUGAAGAUGUCAGUGCUGUUGCUAAAGGAUGGAAAGAAAACCCAGUGGAAUUUGAUUCGCUUUUCAAUGAAAGUAAAUACACUUGGAGUUGGGGCAGUCCUGAUAUUCUCCCUAUGUUUGCUAAAGGUGCCAGCGGGGAUCAUGUUUAUACCCAUUGCUAUGAAGCUGGCAGUGAAGACUUCGGAGCAGAAGAUGCCACCAUACUAGACACUUGGGUUUUUGACCAUGUUAAGGAUUUUUUCAACUCUGCUAGAAACAAUGAAACACUCCUUUCUAAACUGCAUGAGCAGAAAAUUGUUUUCUUCCUCCAUUUAUUGGGGAUAGACACAAAUGGACAUGCCCACCGACCUCAUUCGUGGGAGUACAAGAGUAACAUCAGGAAGGUUGAUGAAGGUGUAAAAGAAAUAGUGUCGCUAGUUGAGGAUUUUUAUGGGAAUGAUGGCAACACAGUUUUUAUCUUGACCUCGGACCACGGAAUGACAGAUUGGGGGUCUCAUGGGGCUGGCCACCCCUCAGAGACUUUGACACCGUUAGUUGCAUGGGGUGCAGGAAUCAAAUCAUCGCAGCAAGUCUCUUCCCAACAAUUUGAAGACGAAUAUUUAAAAGAGUGGAAGCUGGAGACCUGGAAGCGGCAGGAUGUCAACCAGGCUGACAUUGCACCGCUGAUGGCUUCUCUCAUUGGAGUCCCUUUCCCCCUGAACUCAGUGGGAAUUCUGCCUCUGGGAUACCUGAACAAUACGGCUCGCUUUAAGGCAGAAAGCAUAUUUACGAAUGCUGCUCAGAUCCUUGAACAGUUUAAGGUUAAGAUGGCUCAGAAAAAGAAAACCACAUUACCAUUUCUGUUCUCACCAUUCAAGUCUCUUUCUGAUUCAGAGCAAAUAGACUUUCUCAGAAAAGCAAGGACUUCUAUUCAGCAUGAAAAAUAUGAGGAAGCGGUAUCUCUUUGCAGUGAGCUGAUCAGCCUUGCUUUAGAAGGACUAUCAUAUUACCAUACCUACGACAGGUUUUUCCUAGGCAUAAGCAUUGCCCUAAGUUUUGUGGGCUGGACAUCUUAUGUGAUUCUGGUAAUUAUAAAGGCACAGGCAAAUCUGACCCAGAGGACCCCAAAUAAGAUCAGUCUUUUCCGAUAUGUGUUUCCUGCUGCUGGAGUACUGAUAGUAAUUUUUCUGCUCGUUCAGAGCUUGCCGUGGACUUAUUACAUAUAUUGUCUGUUACCGGUACCAAUAUGGUAUGCAGUUUUUAAAAAUUAUCCUGUCAUUCAAGCGCUGGCCACAGCUCUCCUGAGCAUUCCACGGGCUCAUUCUGUUGGAUUUCUGCUAGCAUCUACUGUGGGAAUUGAAAUAUUAGUCUUCUCCUUUUUCUACCGUUCCACACUCAGUUUUGGCCUGAUCUCCUUUGCGAUGUGGCCCUUGGUCAGUCGGCGGUGGACCCGAGCAAAGGUAACGGUGCUAAGCUGGAUUCUUUCCUGUUUGCUUCUGUCAGUCUUCCCCUUGAUGCCAGUUGUAGGAAGAGAUCAAAAUAUUCCUCUGGUAACAGCAGCAGGCUUGCUGAUCCUCCUGUCUUCAUCCUGCUUGGUGGCAUCACUUUGGAAAAGCAAGGAAAAAUACACAUGUACUAAAGAUCUUCAACUAUAUCUCUUUCAGUUGCUGAGCCUGGCACUUUCAUCUUACGUUGUAAAAAAUACUCACAGCAGUCUUGCAAGUAAACAAGGAUUGCCUUUAAUAAAUCAAAUUAUGAGCUGGACGACAUUAGCUUCAUCCUUGAUAGUGCCCCUAUUAAGCUCCACAAUGCUCUUUUUGAGGCUGCUGAGUAUAUUCCUUUCGCUGAUGUCCACUUACCUUCUACUUAGCACAGGCUAUGAAGCCCUUUUCCUGCCAGCCUUGGCUUUGUUGAUGUUUGUGUGGAUCAAAGUGGAACAAGAAGCACAGCAAGGGAAUGGAGUUUCACUGAAGUCAAAGCUUGCUGCCCUCAGCUUUUCGCACACGGCUGAUAUAACUGAGUUUCGACAACUCCGUGUGGAUGACAUCAGGCGAUCUUUUUUCUUUGUUUUUUUCAUAGUGACUGCCUUUUUUGGGACUGGAAACAUAGCUUCUAUCAACAGCUUUGAUCCAGCCUCCGUCUACUGCUUCUUGACUGUGUUCAGCCCUUUCAUGAUGGGAGGCUUGCUCCUGUGGAAGAUUGUAAUCCCUUUUGUUCUCGUGUCAUGUGCUUUCGAAGCUGUUCAAGUCACAACACAGCUGUCGUCUAAAAGGCUUUUUCUCAUCGUUCUUGUGAUUUCAGACAUCAUGGCUUUGCACUUCUUUUUUCUGGUUAAAGAUUAUGGAAGCUGGCUGGAUAUUGGAACAAGCAUUAGCCACUAUGUCCUUGUCAUGUCCUUCGCCAUCUUCUUGAUGCUUUUAAGUGGACUGGCCCAGCUGCUGACCACAAGAAGACUGUGGGAAGGAACCAAGCACCAUUCAUCGUGA